AUGAAAGUGAUAGAACCAAGAGAUGCAUUUCUAAGCGACUACGAAGUCCUGCAAUUUCUCAGUAAACUGGAAAGACGCCAUCAUUGGGAUGAUGAGACAACGCUGGCAAACCAAAAAAAUAAGAAAAUGAAGAAGAAGAUCAAGAGACCAUACAAUCACGCAGAAUUGCAAAAUAUAACGAGGAAUACCAUUAAUUAUCUGUCCAUGAACAAGAAUUUUAUUCAACAAGGUGAAGAUGAUGUUGAUGAUCCACAGGAAGCUAAAGUGGUCAAUGAAAGUAAUAUAAAGUCAGCUAUUUGUAAUUUGAAUGACGAACGAUUCACCGAAUUCAUGCAACGUUUAAAUGAAUUUGAUUUGUUUAAAGUGGAAAAAUUACAAAUCGUCAAUGAUUUCCCAACUAAUAUGGUUCAUUUGUAUUCAAUCAUAGAAGAAUGUGAUUCUCGAUUUAAUGAAGAACAGAUAGAACAAAUUUUAAGUAUAGUAAAAUCAUUUUCAUAA